UAUUGGAAUUUCAACUGUAGUAGCUAGCAGUCUGGUAAUAUUCGGAGGCUCUGUUAUUUUGUCAUCACAACAUUGAUCACCUUUAUUUAUAUCUUCCGAUCUGCAGUCUGGCAUCCAGCCGGAGAACCCCACAUUUUGUAGACGGAAAGCUGUCUUUAAUAUACCUUAAAAAAUGAGUCCAACCGACGCAAAACGAGGAGCUAAACGCAGGAAGAACAAGCGGGGCGGUGGCAGCAGUAGCUGCACCAGCACUAUCUGCAGUAUCGCUAGUAAUAUCCAGGCCGGGAGCCCAACUACGGCCCGGACUUCUCUCUCAACAACCCCGGCCGCCCCUGUCACGAGCUUUUUAACACCGGGAGGCACGGGGAACGGUGAUGUUGUGGGGAUCACAGGUCUAAAUGGAGAGGUUCCCAUGAACGGCACGCCUCAGUUCUCUGUGAACGCAGACUUCUCAGGAGUCCUUCAGUCCCAGACUCCGUUCACCUUCGGCCUGAACCAGAGAGCCCCCUACACGAGCGGAGACCGCUGCCUGCUGUGCCGGAGCGAGCGGAAGGACGGCACCCUGCUGGACGCUGAGGCAGUGGGGCAGAACGGCAUGUCGCAGCCCCUCAAAGCGCCCAGCUCCCUGCAGCUGCCCCUGUGGGUGUGCCCGGACUGCAGACGCACCGUAGAGAAGGAGGAGCGCCACGCGGCCAUGGAACAGUCACUGGCCAUGAACCAGGACUUCCUGUUGCCGAUGCCAGUGGGUAACGGCGGGCUCGUUCAGGAGCCUGUAGGGGCGGGGAGCCGACUGACGGGCACUGGCGGCGCGCCCCCUCUCCCCGCCCCGGAGCUCAGCGCCCCCCUCCCCCUCGCCACCGACACUGUGUGCAACUGCGAGGCCUGCAACGAGAGGAGAGAGAUCACUGCGGAGUCGGAGCGGGAGUCCCAGCAGCUGCAGAACCACUGGUCAGAGGUGCGCUACCUGGUCCGGUGCAUCUAUCGCCAGACUGGCACACCGCUUGCAGACGACCAAGACCAGCCGCUGGACCGAGACAAAGAGAGCAUGAAGGAACUGGUGGACAGGUUGUGCGAGAAGGACCCGUACCAGCUGUACCAGCGGCUGGAGCAGCAGGCGCGCGAGUACGUGCUAGAGAUGAAGGUGCGGCUCCUCAAGCACCUGUCGGCCGGCUCUAAGGUGACGGCGGCAGCCGCGGCAGUCCAUGGCCCUCCACAGGCCCACCAGUUCAUCUCGCUGCUGCUGGAGGAGUACAGCGCCCUCUGUCAGGCCGCCCGCACCAUCAGCAGCUUCCUGCUCACGCUGGAAAACGAGCACCUACAGAAGUUCCAAGUGACGUGGGAGUUGCACAACAAGCACCUUUUUGAGAACCUGGUGUUCUCUGAACCAAUCCUGCACAACAGCUUACCUGCCCUGGUCUCACAGCUCAGGCAGGGCACAACCUCUCACGACUCUUACAGUGAGGACAUGUACCGAAAACUGCUGGAGAGCUACCAACAGCUGGACCAGGAGAUGAACUUGGUGGCCGUUGAGUGGCUUGAGUGUGAGAAGAGAAUAGACAAUUAUGUUGACGAGCAGUUACUUUCCAAGGUCGAAGGGCAGAACGGUACAAAUCAACGGACUGAACCACACAAGUCGUUAAUUAGCAAAAAUAUGUCCUUAAAGACAAAGCAGCGAAUGCUGAAAGAAGACUGGGAGUUUUUCAAACAGAAGAAGUUCAUUGAGGAGCAGGUAGCAAACAGUCAGAAGUCUGUUGCAGGAGACACUAAUUUCACAGACACAGUGAGGCAGAUGCUGUCUUCCAGACUGAGUUUACCAGACUGUCCAAACUGUAAUUACCGCAGACGGUGCACCUGUGACGACUGCAGUCUCUCUCACAUCCUGACGUGCGGCAUAAUGGACGCCCCCAUGGCCGAGGAGAUGCACCUGAAGCUGCCGGCACAGGCGGAACCGCCCAGGGACUACCUGUCCCAGGUGCACCCCCCCAGCAUGUCGUCCGGCAGCUCGGGCUCGGGCUCAGCGUCCAGCUCCCCAAUCACCAUCCAGCAGCACCCCCACCUGCUGCUGCCGCAGGACACACAGGCCACCUUUGGCAGUGACGACGAUGAAGUGCCUCCUCUGUCGGCAAAGUUUGCGGACAUCUACUCCAUGAGCCCUUACAGCGACCCGGCAGUGGUGGCCGUCAUGAACGGCAUUCACAGUGACCUCAAUGGAGCAGGAGAAAACAUGGCGCUCAAGGAAGAGUCUCCGCGGGGGAGCAGCAGCAGCAGCAGCUCCUCUGAGGGUGAUGAGGAGGAGGCCGAGGGGGAGAGCGCAGGAGAGCAUCCAGGGCAGCAGGGGGAGCACUCUCCAAGGAAGAGCGACAGCCCGCCUCCAUCCUACCCACACACACAGGUGGAGCAGGUGCAGCAUCCCUGUGAGUGUCAUGUGUGCAACCAGGGCAACAUAGAUUCCACCAGUCUGUUGCCCGGCAACAACAGGCUACAUGCCGCUCAGCAGCAGCAACAGCAGUUCUUCACAGAGAAGAUGGCGCCCCACCCCAGCCUCCACCUCUACCCCCACAUCCACGGCCACCUACCCUUACACAAUCUGCCCCAUCUACCCCGGCCAUUGCUGCACCCCACCCUCUACCCCAGUCCACCCCUCGCACACAGCAAGACUCUGCCUCCUGCCCCCUCGUCAAACCACACAGGCGGAAGGCCGCAGGUGUUCAGCCCCACCCUGCCCGACCACGUCUACCCCAACUGCUUCAGCGGCGCCGGCGACUGGAGCGGCUCCCUGGGCUGCCCCUCGCUCAAGUUCGAGAACCUGUGGGACGCCCACAUGAUGAAGAACUGGAACUCCAGUGUGCUGCUCCCCGACCCCCUCUCCGGUGACAUGCUGGCUCCUCCGUUGCCUGACGUCCCCCUGCCGUCGCCGGGUAACGAGCACCCGGCCCUGGCCCCCCCGCCCCCCGCCCUCGCCCCCCUGGGCAAGGAGAAAAAGAACGGAGCCAAGAAGAAGUGUCUCUACAAUUUCCAAGAUGCCUUCCUGGAGGCCAAGCAAGUGGUGAUGGCCACCUCGGCAGCCACCUCCUCUGUCUCCUGCACCGCCACCACUGUCCAGUCAAGUAAUAAUUUCCUCGAAGUUGCAUCUAAGAGACACACCUCCCUAGGUGAAGUCUUUCACAAUAUAGGUAAAGAGGACCACCGACACCCCAGCAGCCCUCUCGCCGCGCGGAACAGCCCCACGGGACUGCCCCCCCUCAACGGUGCUUCCCUCGCUAACAACCCCGCCACACACCUGCCCAGUAUGGGCUCGCAGCCCGGCUUCAUGGACGCCCACCCAGGCCUGUGUCUGUCCGCCGCCGAGCCCCCCUCGAUCCCCGGAGACGGUCCCGUCAGCGCACCCCCGAGCAUCUGCAGUGACCCGGACUGCGAGGGGCAUCGCUGCGAGGGCAACAGUGGGUACGAUCACCCUCCCUAUGACGGCGAAGAGAGCCAGGACGAUGACAGCUGCUCAGAGCACAGCUCCUCCACCUCCACGUCCACCAAUCAGAAAGAAGGAAAGUACUGUGACUGCUGCUACUGUGAAUUCUUCGGACAUGGAGGGCCCCCGGCGGCCCCCACCAGUAGGAACUAUGCAGAGAUGCGGGAGAAGCUGCGGCUGCGGCUCACCAAGCGCAAGGAGGAGCAGCAGCCCAAGAAGGAGGAGCUGGUGCUGGAGCGCGAUCCGGCCGUGGCCGACCACCGCAAAGUGGAGGACCUGCUGCAGUUCAUCAACAGCGCCGACAGCAAGCCAGCCAGCAGCUCCAAGGCAGCCAAGCGCGCACGGCACAAGCAGAAAAAGCUGGAGGAGAAGGCGCGUUUGGAGGCGGAGGCUCGGGAACGUGAGGAGCAGCUGCUCCUGCAGGAGCAGCAGCGGCGUGAGGAAGAGGAGGCCCUGAAGCAGGAACUGCUGCGCCUCCAGGAGCUCCAGCUUCAGCGGCAGCAGCAGCAGCAGCAGCGCGCCAACAAGAAGAAGAAGAAGGACAAGAAGACUGCCGAGACCACCGGCACGGCCGCCGCCACCACCACCACCACCACCACGCAUCUCGCCCCUCUACUGCCCGCGCUCCAGAACAACCCACAGCCCCUCAAGCAGACGGCCCAGAGCGUGCUGGAGAAGAACAUGAAGAAUGGCAAGGCGGCUCUGCUGCGCGGCCUCAUCGGCCUGACCCACAAGGACCUCCAGCCCGAGCGCCUGCCCGCCAUCGCCGCCCCCCCCAAUGGCCAGCCGCCAGCCCUGCACAGCCCAGCCGAGAGCGGGAAGGACAAGCCUGCCAAGCACCUUCACAACGGCGUGGCCGCCGCGGUCAUUGCAGCCACCUCAACAGCGACAACAACAAUGCCGAUGACCGCGACGACGACAACAGCGGUCAACACCUCCCUUCUACAACCCGAACCCCUCAGCAUCAAGGCUAGGGCCAAGUCGCAGCCCGCCAACGGCAGAUGCCAUGGCGAAACCACCAAGAGGUCGGCCGACGCCAUGAAAACCUCGGAGGUGGCCUCCAAGGCCGACGAGGGCGCGUUCACGCAUGCAAACUCCAAAACGAAGUCCCGCAGCAGCGAGGAGUCGGCCGCAGAGGCACGCAGGGAGGAUAGGAGUAACGGAACGUCGGGGAAGAAGCAGCUAAACGCCGGAAAGGAGGAUAGGACCUCGCCUGUGUCCGUACAACAUUCGGAGCCACCCACGCAGAAUGGCCGACCACCGGCCAACGAGUCCCCUCAACCCAAGGGCAAGAACAAGAAGAAUAAGAAGAAGAAGUCAGACAAGAUGACCAACUCUAUAGAUGACGUGUUUCUGCCCAAAGAUAUCGAUCUUGACAGUGUUGAAAUGGAUGAGACUGAACGGGAAGUGGAAUAUUUCAAAAGGUUCUGCUUGGACUCUGCUCGACAGACUAGGCAACGGCUAUCCAUCAACUGGUCCAACUUUAGCUUGAAAAAGGCCACCUUCGCCGCACACUGACCGGAGUGUGGGGGCUACACUUGAAGAGACUCUGGCAGGAACUCAAUCAGCUCCCCUCC